AUGGAAGGCGGUAGAGCACCUAUUCUUCUUUCUGAAUUGAAUAUUAAUACUGCUGGUUACUUGGAUAUCGAUAUUAGUCUUGUGAAUGACAAUCCCCCUAGAAGGGUGGUUACUAAUGUUUUCAGAAUAGUGAAAGGUGGACAAAGAAUUCUUACAUCUAAAUAUAUAAAAUUUGAAGAUGAAGAUAGUGACUUUGAUGCAAGUAAUUUAGUUUAUACUGUUAAAAGAGGAAAUGGUGUUUAUUCAUCUUCAACCAAAACACAAAUAUUGCAGUUUACACAGGUUAAUAUUUAG